GGAAUUGCUACUUCCUUGGGUAUCAUGGCAGACAUCUUUGCUUCCAUGAAUGAGACGGAUUACAUACGUUUUAAAACCAGUGCUGAGAUUGACCUGAGCCUUCUCCGAGAGUUCAGUCAUCGCUUAUUAUCAGCUGCUGAGGCCUGCAAACUAGCAGCAGCCUACAGCCAGUACACCCCACUGUUUGUGCUCACGGCUGUGAACAUUCGUGGGAUGUGUUUGCUGUCCUAUAGUCACUCCAAGGACUGUCCCCCAGAAACGAGAAAGUUCUACUUGUCUGAAGCCAAAGAAUCCUUUGAGAUUGGUCUCCUCACCAAGAAUGAUAACAGUCUUGUCACCAGCAAGCAGGAGCUCCAUAGUUUUAUUAAAGCUGCAUUCUGCCUCACAACCGUGCAUCGAUGGCUCUAUGGGGAGAGUGAGAAACUCUGUGAGGUGAGCCAACUAUGCAGAGAAGCCGUGGAAAAACUGCAUUCAUACAGCACUUCCUUUACAGAAGAGGAAGAUAAAGGAUUGCUUGCCAAAGAGAUCAUGUCCCUGAUCACAUCCGUUAAGAAGCACCUGCAAGUGGAAAACUUCCCUAAUUCUGAUGCCAGGUCUUAUGUUCCAGACAGUUUUAAAGGCACAGUGGAAAACCCUGUUCUGCAGGGGGAAACUAACUUUGAGAAAAUCCUUGCCAUGCAUUCUCAGCAUCAUCUGUCAGUGUGUGAAGUGUUUGAAAACACUUGUAGGGUUCAUAAAACCACACCAGGAGAAACCCAAGUGGGAGCUUGUAUCACAACCUUAAAAACAGAAACUAAAAAUAUAGACACUGUGUAUGCUACUGAAGAAAUAGUGAACCAGAGGAAAGGCGCUGCCAAAAUGCUUAAUUCACCAACAGCAGGAAGUAGCUUGGAGAGACUCAGUGACCAAACAAGAAAUAAACAUAUUGGUUCUGAUGUGAUGAGAAUUUCCUUCAAUGAAGGGGUUGAACCAUUAGAAAUAGAAAUAAAUGAUGAAAAGAGUGUUUUCAGCAGAUGGCAAAACAGGAGUCAACCAACCACUUCAGACAACUCUUGGCACAAGCUGUCAAAAUCAAGUUACUCCUCCAGCUGGGAGGAACUGAACUAUAAUAACAGCGAAGAGUUUCCUAGGGAAGGGCAGCAGCAGGAAAAGGGCUCCGUGGUGGAGCAAUGUUGCACAACAGAAUCUGAUGAAAAUUGUCAAGCUGCAGUCUUGCGCUCAUUGCCUCCCAAACCCUGCCAUCCUUCUCCUCAAAAGCCCCUGCAUAGCUGUUUGGGAUCUCCUCAGCCUGCCUUUGAGCUAGAUAGACCCCUAGCUGGAAGGCUGGUAGAGAAGCUGAGAAGAGAAGAGCUGCAGGAGAGAAGACGCCGUGGAAGGAGCUCUUCAGAAAAGAAACCCGGGAAGGUGAAUAACGCAGACUUAGAGAACAACGUGAUUCCUUCCCUCUCCACCCCUUCCUCUAUUCCUACCAGGCCGGAGGAGGAGGAGAAGUCUGCCUCGUCCUCCUGGGAGGACCUAGAGGCCGUGCCCAGAGCCCCGGCAGCGGGGCCGGACUGCAGGACCAAGGACAGCGGCAAGGAGGGCCUCGCCGCCGCCCCCGCCUCCCGGCCCAGGAGCCCGGUUUUGUGCGUUGACCCCGAAGGAGAAACUGCAGAGAGCACAGAGGAUCCCUCUUUUGACGCACGUCCCCCCACAAAUGGGGCUGCUUGUGUACUAUCCACGACCAUUGAGCCAAAAAUAGCCAGUAACUCCACUGUACAUGACUGGCUUCGGAAAUCUGCUGUGGUGGGAAAGAGAACACUCAAAGUGUCUGAAGUUGAUACCCAGGCAGAAACAGUAGAUGACACUGAAUUUGAUUUCAUCAGUAGUGGAGACUUAGUAAACAGUUACCUUAUGACAUCUGUUUCAGAGCAUCAGUCAACUCCCAGUGCACCAACAGCUUUGCCCUCAAGGGGAAAGAUAUCCAUAACCAAAAACUUUGACUGUGCCACUACUGAAGAAGAUGAAGAAAAGACUCAGGACAUGGUGAGCAGCAAGAGACAAUCUAGUUCAUCUCUGAGUUCAUGGCACAAAUCAGCACAGAUGCCCAAGAAUUCCCCUGCAGGCCCAUUUCUGAACCCAAGGAAUAGUGGUUUUCUGUUCGCACCUGGGAGAACGAAGGAGGAAAUCCUUGACGCUCGAUUUCUGAGGGAUGAUGAUUACAUGCAGCUUCUGGCAGGGGUAGAACAUAAUUGGCUUGUCCAGAGACUGAUGCCUACGGGAAUUUUUAAGUCUAAACAGCUUCAUAAAGCAUACUCUGCUCUUCUUUUAAAAUACUCAAAGAAGUCAGGCCUCUGGACAGGCCAAGAAACAGCUGUAUUCAUUGGGGACUACCUAAAUGUGGCAAAGGAAGGCAAACAAAGGAUUGCAUUUUGGAUACACUUCCUGCACCAAGAAGAAAGCCUGGGAAGGUAUGUUGGGAAAGAAUAUAAAGAAGAAAAAGGACUUCUUCAUCAUUUCAGUGAUGUGGAACGACAAAUGACUGCCCAGUACUAUGUGACAGAAUUCAACAAAAGGCUGUACGAGCAAAAGAUCCCCACUCAAAUCUUUUAUAUCCCAUCUGCAGUACUUCUGCUAUUGGAAGACAGAACUAUAAAAGGAUGUGUGAGUGUGGAGCCCUACAUCCUUGGGGAGUUUGUGAAGCUGUCCAAUAACACGAAGGUAGUAAAGAAUGAGUACAAAGCCACAGAGUACGGUCUGGCCUACGGCCAUUUCUCCUAUGAGUUCUCCAAUGGAACAGACGUUGUUGUUGACCUGCAAGGUUGGGUGACAGGUAAUGGGAAAGGCCUCAUCUACCUCACAGACCCUCAGAUUCAUUCUCUUAAUAGCAAAGACGUUUCACACUCCAACUUUGGGAAGAAAGGAAUUUAUUACUUCUUCAAUAAUCAACACGUGGAGUGCAAUGAAAUCUGUCGCUGCCUUUCUUUAACAAGGCCCUCAGUAGAGCUGCCAAUGUAG